AUGUCGAAAAGGGAAAGGCCUGAGGAUAGCAAGACCGACACUGCUGCUAUGCCUAAGCCUGCUUGGGUGGAUGAGGAUGACGACGCGUCCACCUCGACGGCUGAGGUGGACCUGACCAGCCACAAUCGUCUCAAGAAGCUCCGCUCUAGUCGCGAUGAGAAGAAGAUUUCCGUCCGGGAAUACGAGUCCAGACUUCGAGACAGAUUUACUCAAAUGAGUGGCCGACAGAACUGGGCAGAGACCAAGGCUGGAGAGGAGGAGGAGACGGUUGACUCUGAAGAUGAGUUCAUCCCUAGUCUCAAUAAGGCCGCGGACCCGUCCAAGCUGGCGAUCAGACGGGUCGCCAAUGUCUCUGCUGGUCGAGGGCCGGCCGGGUAUAGCCCUGUGACGGUCCUGGCUUGGCAUCCCAGGGAGGACCUGCUGUUAUCAGCCCAUCGUAAUGGUGAUUCCUUCCGACUCAACAAGGUCGAUGGUAAGAAUAACAAAGAAGUUUAUGCGGCUAAGUUGAAGGACUUCCAGAUCGAGUCAACGGCAUUCCUGAACUCCCAUGAAGUGGCCGCCGUGGGCCCGCAAGGCACCGUUUGCUUAUUCGACCUGAAUCAGCAGUCUGUGACCGCGAUGAAGGGAGCGUGUGGUACGAAUAGGAAAGACAGGAAAUUGUGGAGCAUCUCAGCAUUGGGCAACGACAAGUCCUUCGCGAUGGCCACUCAAGGAGGGGAGGUCCUCGUCACCGACACCAGGAGCCGUAAGCUAGCAGCUAAGUUCCAACUGGGAGCCCCCGCCAGUGUCGUGGCCUGGGACCAAGACAGGGAGCAUCUGGUCUGUGCUGACACUAGGGCGAACGUGUACCUGUGGGACGUAGGAAGCAGACGAUGCGUCGCGAAAGCUCAUGAUGACCUCGCGGUCUCUAUUACGUGUGGGGCUAUGUUCGACCAUGGGUUGGCCUUAGGCACGUCUAGUGGCACUUUGGAUGUGGUUGAUUUGAAGGGCGAUGGCAGUCUUGGGGACUUCAGGACGGUGUGUGAGUCUUUGGUGAACCCUCUUACUACGGUAUGCUCACUACGAGGGGAGGUCCUCUUCGGAGGGACCAAUGCUAAGAACUCGGCCGUUCGAGCCACCAAUGCUACCACUGGGCAGACCUAUUCCAACUGGCCUACACGCAUCAGUAACUUGGGUAGAGUUGAAUCUAUGGCGGCUAAGGACGACUGGUUGGCUAUGGGCAACUCUCGAGGGCAGGUCUUGUUGUUCACCGUCAGUUGAGUAGUUCCCAUUCCCCCUAUAAUCGACGUAUUGUAU